AGCCAACCAUCACCACUUCACUCUCAGCAUAAUGUCUGCAUAUUCCGGAUACCAGAAGACGAGCUACGGCGCCCAGGGGGGCGAUGACUCUGGCGGCUUCUUUGCCGGAGGGGGUUCACAGCAAGGCAGCCAAGGCGGUGGUGGCAAGUCAUACCAAGAUGAAUCAUUACGGCCCUUGACCAUCAAGCAGAUCCUCGACGCAGAGGAACCCUAUUCCGGUGCAGACUUCAAAGUGGACGGCGCUCCCAUCACUCAGAUUACAUUUGUCGGCCAGGUCCUCAGCAUAAACCCACAACAGACAAACCUGACGAUCAAGGUCGACGACGGCACAGGGCAGAUUGACGUCAAGAAGUGGAUUGACGCGGACAAGCAAAGCGACGCAGAGCCCGGCUUCGAGCUUGGUUCACACAUUCGCGUCUGGGGUCGCCUCAAGUCAUUUUCCAACAAGCGACAUGUUGGAGCUCACGUCAUCCGACCAGUAACGGAUUUCAACGAGGUCAACUACCACCUGCUCGAGGCCACAUACGUACACUUGUUCUACACCCGUGGCGCCGUCGGUGAUUCCGGUGCGGGACCAAACAACAGCGACAGCAUGUUUGUUGACGGCGGCGAUGGCUAUAACGCUGGCAACGGUGGAGCCCAGCUCCCAAGCAAGCUUUCUGGGUGCAGUGGCAACGCGAAGAGAGUGUACAACUACUUGAACGAAACCCCAGGAGGCAAUGACGGAAUGCAUCUGAAUAAUAUCACGGGGGCACUGGGGCUGGCAGUGCGAGAUGUGCUCACAGCGGCGGAUGAGCUACUGGGAUUGGGCAUUAUAUACACAACAGUUGACGACGAGACAUGGGCGAUUUUAGAAUAUUAAGGGCAGUUAACAUGCGC